UACACCAUCUGUAGAUAAUCUCUUUGCCUUAUCACAUAAUUUUUAAAUGCUUUGCAGAAUUUUUGUAGGUUGCUUAUUUGCUUUUUUCUGUCAUAUUUUUUUCGUUAAUUGUUUGUUGUUGUUAUCUUCAACGAUAGCGUUGGGCUCUGGAGAAGUGUUUUGAUCGCAGAGAAGCUUCGUUCUUUGUAAUCUAUACAGGCGUGGAAGGUAUGGCAAAAAGCUCGUUCAAGCAAGAGCAUGACCUAGAGAAGAGAAGGGCGGAGGCUGCUCGGAUUAGAGAGAAGUAUCCUGAUAGGAUUCCGGUGAUUGUUGAGAAGGCUGAGAAGAGUGAUAUACCAACCAUCGACAAGAAAAAAUACCUAGUCCCGGCUGAUCUGACUGUGGGGCAAUUUGUGUAUGUUAUUCGCAAAAGAAUCAAAUUAAGUGCAGAAAAAGCUAUCUUCAUAUUUGUGGACAACGUUCUUCCCCCAACAGGUGCGCUCAUGUCUUCCGUGUACGAAGAGAAAAAGGAUGAUGAUGGGUUCCUCUAUGUCACUUACAGCGGAGAAAACACAUUUGGAUUUGGAUCUCCAUAAUACAUCUCUUACUGGAUAUUUCAUUUUACUCUCUAUUUCAACGAAUAUUUCAUCUUAUUAAGCAAGCCACCUAUGUAGACCUUUGGUUGGGCCUAUGUACAGAAAACAUAAAAUAAUGUAUAUAAUCUUCUUUCAACGAUCUAAAAAUCUACUUUAUGUGAA